AUGUCGUCCGACCAAGACUACGCAGCCUUUCUUGAGAAGGCGAACGAGGACCCCUCCCAAGGCGCGGCUCAAAGCUCGAGCGCCACCUCGAACAAACCCGGCCAGUUUCGGACCACGCAGCAGGGUGUGACGGUGCCGGCGCCGAUCCUGGAGGCGCUUGACAAGGGCGACGCUUUCUAUAUCUCGGAUGCGGACGAACCGUUUGACCCUGUCGCGCUGCAGUGGGAUGAGGCGGGGGAGGGGUUGCCUGAUGAGGAGGAAUUUGCCAACUUGAUCCAGCACUGGGAUCCCAAGAAUGCCGAGGUACAAAUCCUGGAUCCUUAUGACUGGGACAGCCACGGGAAGUAUGGAGGGGUGAUAGAGGCGGUGAGGGAGGCCGGCCAGGGAAACGAUGUGCGAGUGUACCGUGUCGUGCGGGACGGAACUCGGGUAGAGUACUUUGUGGUCACGACUGAGGGAAAGGGGAAAGGGGCGAAGCUGGUGGGCGUGAAGGCGUUGGCUGUGGAGAGCUGA